AGCUCCACUGCGAUGGCAGUUGGCGCGCUGUCCAGUUCCCUCCUGCUCACCUGCUGCCUGAUGGUGGCUCUGUGCAGCCCGAGCAUCCCGCUGGAGAAGCUGGCCCAGGCGCCCGAGCGGCCGGGCCAGGAGAAGCGCGAGCACGCGUCUCGGGACGGCCCGGGCCGGGUGAGCGAGCUCGGGCGCCCGGCGAGGGACGAGGGCGGCGGCGGCCGGGACUGGAAGGGCAAGGGCGGCCGCGGGCUGGCCGGCCGGGAGGCGUGGAGCAGGCAGAAACAGGCCUGGGCCGCCCAGGGCGGGGACGCCGGGGCCGGGGACCUGCAGGGGCGGCCCCGCGGGGACACCCCGCACGAAGAGCCCCCGGCCGCCGCCGCCGCCCAGGACGCGGCGGGCCCAGACCCAGAGCCCACGCCCGAGCUGCCGGAGGAGUACGCGUACCCGGACUACCGGGGGAAGGGCUGCGUGGACGAGAGCGGCUUCGUGUACGCGAUAGGGGAGAAGUUCGCGCCGGGCCCCUCGGCCUGCCCAUGCCUGUGCACCGAGGAGGGGCCGCUGUGCGCGCAGCCCGAGUGCCCGCGGCUGCACCCACGCUGCAUCCACGUCGACACGAGCCAGUGCUGUCCGCAGUGCAAGGAGAGGAAGAAUUACUGCGAGUUCCGGGGCAAGACCUACCAGACCCUGGAGGAAUUCGCGGUGUCGCCGUGCGAGCGGUGUCGCUGUGAGGCCAGCGGGGAAGUGCUGUGCGCGGUGUCCGCGUGUCCACAGACCGAGUGCGUGGACCCCGUGUACGAGCCCGACCAGUGCUGCCCAAUCUGCAAAAACGGCCCAAACUGCUUUGCCGAGACCGCUGUCAUCCCCGCCGGGAGGGAAGUGAAGACGGACGAGUGCACCGUCUGCCACUGCACCUACGAGGAGGGCACCUGGAGGAUUGAGAGGCAGGCCAUGUGCACCAGGCACGAGUGCCGGCAGAUGUAG